GGGUGAGGAAACAGAGGACAUGUAAGCAAACACGGCGCCGAAGAACCCGCCGGACACGACCCAGCAACCACCCUGAAUCACAGUCCCAACUGGGAAAAGCACCCAAACGCAACUUACCAUCACGGGAGACCACAACCCUACGAGAAAUCAAACAACCACCUACAGGACCUCGGGCAGCGCCUGGUGAGCUAAGGGGUACCUCAUGCACGAAACACCACAGGUCUCCCUCUAGAGGACUUAAUAACCAUUUUGAUGCAAUGCCCAGACAGGAAGUAGGGCGAAGAACCUCCGAGCAGGGGACAGCUUGCCUACCAGAUACCAACCACCCGCUAAAUCAAGGGACGACCCGACAAUAA